UCGUGGUGCACGAGGAAGAUUUUUUAUGCUUUCCAUAACUGAGUACUGCCUUGGUUCAGCCAGAUUGACAUAAGAACGGCAAAAUGGGUGCACAUUCCGUGGAUUGUUUUUGUUAACGUGUGCAGAAACUGCAAUAAUUUUCUUCCAAAAUGGAACAAAGGGACUCUGCAUCAUGGCGACUGAAGCUUGCACUUCUUACGCUGUCGCUGCUGUUUUGGAGAGUAGCACUGACGCAGAUAAGAUAUUCCGUGCUAGAAGAACAGAAAGACGGCACCUUGAUUGGAAAUAUCGCAAAGGAUUUGGGCCUUGAUCGCAGAAUUUUAAAGGAGCGAGGUUUUCGUGUUGUAUCAACUACAGGGGAGUCUCUAUUUACCCUGAAUCAGAAUGAUGGCAUCUUGUAUACUACCGGAAAAAUAGACAGGGAGGAAAUAUGCGAGAGAAGUAGCUCAUGCUUAAUUAACUUAAAAAUCGCGCUUGAACAUCCUAUAGAGAUUCAUAACGUAGAGGUUGAAGUUGUGGACAUAAACGACCAUGCUCCGAUGUUUCCUGAGAGAGCUCAGCGUUUGGAAAUCUCAGAAAACGCCGUGUCGGGUUCACGAUUUCAGAUUCAAGCGGCACGCGAUCCGGAUAGCGGGAUUAAUUCUGUGCAGAUGUAUAAAAUCAGUCAUAAUGAACAUUUUCGGAUCGACGUUAAAGACAGAGGCUCGGACCGAAAGAUGCCCUUUUUAAUUUUACAAAAAUUGUUAGAUAGGGAAACUAGUCUUAGUCAUAAGGUUCUGCUCACAGCGGUGGACGGCGGAAAGCCACCAAAAUCGGGGACUAUGGAGAUUACUAUUGAUGUGCUAGAUAUAAAUGACAACAUUCCAGUUUUUACAAAAGACUCGUAUUCCGUGAAGAUUAGUGAAAACGUCCCCAUAGGUACCACGAUAGCGCAGGUAAAUGCCACUGACCGAGAUGAUGGCGUGAAUGGUGAAGUGUUUUUCACCUUUGGCCACGAUGUAGACAGUGACUUGCGCCAACUUUUUGAUCUGGAUCCAGUCACAGGCGAAAUAAUUGUAAAAGGUCAAAUCGAUUUUGAGCAAAAAGACCAUUAUGAAAUUGACAUUCAAGCAUCAGACAAAGCUCUAGCACCACUAACAGCGGACAAAAGCAUUUUAAUACAAAUUAUUGAUGUAAAUGAUAAUGCACCUGAAAUUGAAGUGACAUCAUUUUUAAACACAGUUCCAGAGGAUUCUAAGUUGGGGACUACGGUAGCAUUAAUUAGUGUAAGUGAUUUAGAUUCUGGAUUAAAUAGAAAAGUGUCCUGCUCUAUACUUGAAGAAAUACCUUUCAGGUUAAUGCAGACCUCACAGCAUAACAUCUAUUCAUUGACAACUGCAGCUUUACUUGACAGAGAGAAAAUAUCACAGUAUGACAUUACAUUAGUGGCCCAAGAUGCAGGUCAGCCAGCAUUGUCAUCUUUUAGAUCUAUCACUGUCCAAAUAUCUGAUGUAAAUGACAAUAGCCCCAAGUUUUCACUUAACCCACACAACUUCUACAUAACUGAAAAUAAUGUCCCAGGCACAACCAUGUUUUCUGUAUCAGCCAGUGAUUGUGAUUUAGAUGAAAAUGCCAUGAUUACCUAUCAGAUUCUGAGGGAUAUUAGUGAGCAAAACAAGUAUACAUCCUUUGUAAACAUAAAUUCAGAAAAUGGACAAGUAUAUGCACUGAAAAGCUUUGACUUUGAAACAGUUAAAGCAUUCCACUUCCAAGUCCUUGCUACCGAUUCAGGAAACCCAUCUUUAAGCAGUAAUGGGACAGUGAAUGUGUUCAUUCUAGAUCAGAAUGACAACGUUCCAGUGAUCUUAUAUCCAGUUAGUGCUAAUGGUUCUGCUGAUGGUGUGGAGGAGGUUCCUCGCAAUGUAAAUCCAGGACAUUUGGUGACAAAAGUGAGGGCCUAUGAUGCAGAUAUAGGAUAUAAUGGCUGGUUAUUAUUUUCACUGCAGGAAGUGAGUGAUCACAGUCUCUUUGGUUUGGACCGCUAUACUGGACAAAUAAGGACCCUUCGCUCAUUCACAGAAACAGAUGAAGCUGAACAUAAACUGGUCAUACUGGUCAAAGACAAUGGAAAUGUUUCACUUUCAGCAACAGCAACAGUGACUGUCAAACUUGUAGAGCCCAAAGAACCUACUGCAAUUUCUAAUGUCAAAAAUGCAGUAAAAGAUGAGGGGGAAAAUAAUAUUAGAUUUUAUUUAAUUAUAACCCUGGGUUCAGUUUCAAUUCUUUUUAUCAUUAGUAUCAUCAUUUUAAUAGCAAUGCAGUGCUCAAAAUCUACAGACUAUUCUUCCAAGCAUUUACAAGAUACCGCUUAUGAUGGGACGCUGUGUCACAGCAUCCAGUACAGAUCUGGAGAUAAACGGUACACAUUAGUUGGUUCCAGAAUGAGUAUUGGAUCUACUAUAGUUCCGAGCAGUAACAGAAAUACUUUACUGGUACCAGAUCACAGGAGGAGACCAUCUAGGGAGGUAAGGUUUUGCUCAAAGUAG